UAAAGGAAAAAUUAUAUAAACAAUAUGAAUUUUAUUUAAUAUCUCGUGAUAUUUCAUAUUUUUUACAUAAAAAAAUGGCUCAAAACUACUGUGGCGUACAUAUCUAAGGUAAUUUGUGCCUCAGAUGGUCAGUAGAUGGCGUCAUAAACUUUUUAAAUGUUUUCUCUUUCUACCCUUUAAUAUUCAAUUAAGCAAUAUUGCAAGAACUUGUGUCGACAGCAAAAUUGAACGUAUUAGCCUGUGAGAAACAAAAUAUUUAAUUAUUAUCUUUAUUUAAUGUGCUAUUAUCAGAAUCAGAAUCAGAAAAGCUUUAUUGCCAAGUACGUUUUUGGACAUACAAGGAAUUUGUUUUGGCGUAGUCGGUGCAAUACAAUACAAAUUAAACAGUAUAAAGAUGUUGUGUUAAUAACUAUUUACUGCUAACGUUUUAAUUUAAUCAGAUUUAUCACUAUUAUUUCAAUCCUUCUAUUUUCUGUAAGAUCACAAUAAAACUCCUACUUCUUCGCUCAGAAAAAGUAGCCAGUGGUGAUGACUUAUUCGUGCUGAGUGAUCCGUUUGAGUGCAUGCAUGCCUGUAAGACUGUACUGAGGGCACACAGCAUAGGGCUGUUCCCGACCUCUCGAUCACAACAACUCUUUGGAGUCAGGAAAUGUUUCUCUUAAGAGCAACAGGAUCGACCGAUCGACAACGGAGGAGAUCUCUCCGCCGAAAUGGCUCAAGCUAACAUCUCAGUGACAGAGAACCAGUUUAGGUGUUCUGUCUGCCUGGACAUCCUCAGAGACCCGGUGUCCAUCCCUUGCGGACACACCUACUGCAUGGUCUGCAUCAGCAACUACUGGGACCAGGCUGAGUCCGGCCAGUUCAGCUGCCCGCAGUGCCGGGACAUCUUCAGUCCUCGACCGGUGCUCCGGAGAAACACGGUGCUCGCCGAGGUCGUCGAUAAAUUCAAAAUGAGCGAGUUGGUCCAGGACCCGGAACUCUACUUGGGAGAAGCCGGCGAGGUUGCGUGUGACUUCUGCCCGGCAGAGAGCAGGCUGAGGGCGGGCAAGUCGUGCCUGGUUUGCCUGGCGUCCUUCUGCGACCUCCACGUCCUGCCGCACCGCGAGGUCGGCCCUCUGCGGCGGCACAAGCUGGUGGACGCGGUGGAGAGGCUGGCGGAGAAGCUUUGCGCCCAGCAUCGCUCCGGUCUGGAGCCCGCGGGGAGCGGCUCCGACCCGGAAGCCGAGUGGAGCGGAGACUGCCUGCUGUGCGAGGAAGAGCGCAGGGUGGACACGCUAAAGGCCAGGAGACAGCUCCAGCUCCAGGAGUCGCAGAGGAUGGUUCAGGGAAGGGUACGGUCCGGAGAGAGAGACCUGGAAGACCUUCAACAGAACUUGGAGUCCCUCAAUGUAUUAUCCUCGGCAGUUCUGGAGGAGAGUGAAGCUCUGUUUGAUGAGAUUGCACAGCGCCUGGAGAAAACUAAAAAUGAGGUUCGAGUGUUGUUGGAGGCAAAAGGGCGAGCAGCGGUUGGGAGAAUGGAACGAGACAUCGAGAUUCUGGAGAAGGACCUGGAGGAGCUGAGGAAGAGAGACGAGGAGAUCAGCCAGCUACUGCAAACCGAAGACAAUGUCCAACUGUCACAGGCAGCCCCACUGCUCUGCAGCCCUCUCACCGCUGAUCCGCUCUCCAGAGCCUUCAGCCUGCCCACAGAGGCCUUCAGUGAUGCUAGAAAAGCACUGAGCCACCUCCGCAGCAGCAUUGAGGACACCUGCACAGAGGGGGUCGACAAGAUCAGCCGUGCAGGUAAUGAGAACUAUGUCUUCGGUGGUGAGCUUGUAAACGGUGGCCAGGAUUACCGGGUGGGGAACUGCAAACCUCAGCAAUCCCAAUCCGUGGAGCAACAAAACAGUAGGGCUGUUCCAGUUUCAUUUCCUCUGUCCAUAUUGUGCCUGCAACCACCUGAUCAGAGGAUGAGGGCGGCUUUACUCAGAUAUUCAUGUCGUCUGUCCUUGGACUCUAACACAGCCCACCCCACCCUGCUCCUCCUUGAGGACCCUCAGGGGGCCCACUGUGGCGAGGACACACAGCCGCACCCGCCUCACCCACAUCGGUUUGAUUCAGUGGCGCAGGUCCUGUGCAGGGAGGGUCAGUUCGGUGCUGCCAGCUACUGGGAGGUGGAGUGGAGGGGCAGUGGAUGGGUCGACAUUGCCAUCACGACGUUGUCAAUCGGACGCAAAGGCGGCGGAAAGCCCUGCCUGCUUGGGCGCAACGAGAACUCCUGGCGACUGAGGUGUACACAUACAGGUUACUCUGCAUGGCACGACAACCGCAAGACCACAGUGGCUGCCCCGCCCUGCCCAAGGAUCGGGGUGCUCCUGGAGCGACAGAAAGGGGCCUUGUCUUUCUACAGUGUGUCCGACACGGUGGUGCUCCUACACACUUUUCACAGCCAAUUCUGUCAGCCGUUGUACCCGGCUUUCCGUUUGGAUCUGGACUCCACUUUGCGCAUCUGUCCCUACGAGGGAGCUAAUGCAAGUAGGACCUAAAGGUCAUUAUGUAGCAGUUUAAAUGAUCUGCUGCCGAAAAAUGCUGUAGUGAUGGAAACACUAAAAAAUAUACCAAAGACAAUCCAAAACACAUUUUUUUAAUUGGAUUGAAAAUAUUUUUUAUGCAGUUUCUUGCAUAUCUGAUUUGAUAUUCAUUUGUUUGUUUUUUUUUUUGAGAAAAAAUCUCUUGGAUCAAUGUCAAUCAAUGUCAAACUGCACUGCCCAGAGCUUAAUACAGACAAACACUUGAGUGUUUCUACCAAUAACUAAAUUAUUAAUGGAGAGAUCAAAUAAACUAUAUUUUUAAUACACAAUGCUGCCAAAUAUUUGAAACUGCUGUUGGCCAAUUUUAGGAAUUAGAUGAGGUUCUGAGAACAACCCAAAAACACAAAUUAAAAUAUCGGGAGGUAGAAUUUCUAAAUUAAAUGACAAAAAAAGGGGCUAAAAUUGUAUUUUAAACCUUAGUUAGUGACGGCAGUGACAUGUCGCAUUAUCUUCACAGCAUGUAAAGCAGAAGUGAUGAAAAGAAAAGAAUAGACACCCUGGACCACCCUAGUUUACCAAAGAGGAAGAGAAACUGAAUGAAAAACAACUCAUCGACCAAAGAACGUAAUAAACCGGUUUUAUUUUCUGCAGUGUGCAAUUUAACUUUAAAUAAUGGAGACGGAUUGGUGUGGAAAACAUGAACACUGUGUCAGAUCUUUAUUUAUGUGGACCCUAAAAAUAUGUUCUGACAGUCUGGUAGUGCUGUUCUUAUUUAGAAUAUAAUUAAAGACGUCCAUUCAGCAUGAUGAAGGUAUGAAAAUGUGAGAAUCUCCAAUCUGUAAAUGCUUAUCAGCAAUACAAUACCUCAAAUAAAAUAUUAAGUUGUUUGUAUAAAA